GAAAAGUGAACAUAGUCGUUGGAUUUCAUUCUGUAAUUACGUAAAAAGUUGUUAUAAUUAUAAACACAAGGUUGGCGAAUGAAAGAACGAGCCCUGUGAGUUUAUUUGUGUGCAAAAAUAAAGUAAUGUGGUUGUUAUUGAAUAGUUAAUAUUGGUGUUUAUAAUCGAGAUUACGGCACAUUUAUGACGAGGUUCCCUUAUCAGAUGCUAUCAUUGUGUGUAUAAAUAAGAUAACAUGGGAGUAUAAUAGAAGUUUAUUGGACUUUACUUUAAGUCGGUACUCACAUAGUUUUGUAUUGUUGAGUAAUAUAAAUAAAUAAAUAAAAAAUGGUGAAGGAUAAAACAUUGGUGAAAGUUAAUGAAGACUUGGCGAGGGAGAGAAAAAAGUGCAAUUUUAAAGUGGAGGAAUUGACUAAUUUCCUUGACGGAGGAGUGCAGUACACCACCAGCAGACGGAAAUUGGAAAACGACAUCUUAAGUCACAAGGAACUCUUCGAUUCCAUCCCUGAAGAAUACCUCAGCCACAAGGAGAAAUAUGAAAAUGCCAUCAGAAAAACUGUCUUGUAUUACCGACUCAUGCAAAAAUACCAGAACUUUAAAGACGGAUCUACCAUUUUGGACGAGACGAGAGCGAACUACCGUAACCUAGUAAGCUUCGCGGUGUUCAAGGACUACCCGCCCCUCAUGCUGCACAACGGCAUGUUCAUCCCGGCCAUCGCGGGCCAGGGCACGCCGGAGCAGCAGAAACACUGGCUGAAGCGGGCCAAGAACAUGGAGAUCCUUGGCACGUAUGCUCAGACAGAGCUGGGUCACGGCACGUUCAUCCGCGGGCUGGAGACGACGGCCGAGUACGACCCCAGCACCGAGGAGUUCGUGCUGCACAGCCCCACGCUCACCUCCUACAAGUGGUGGCCUGGAGGGUUGGGCCACACAGUGAACUACUGCGUAGUCAUGGCUCAGCUCUACAUCCGGGGCCGGCACCACAGCAUGCAGCCCUUCCUGGUGCAGCUAAGAGACGAGGAGACCCACAUGCCCCUGCCGGGAGUCAAACUGGGCGAUAUCGGCGCCAAGCUCGGCCUCAGUACCGUCAACAACGGCUUCCUGGCUUUCGAGCACCACAGGAUCCCCAGAGACCGCAUGCUGAUGAAAAACGCUCAAGUACUGAAGGACGGCACGUUCGUGGCGGGCCCCAGCAGCAAGCUGGCGUACGGCACCAUGAUCUACGUGCGCGUCAUCAUCGUCAACGGCAUGGCCAACCUCAUGGCCAAGGCAGCCACCAUCGCCGUCAGAUACUCCGCGGUCCGGCGCCAGUCGCAGAUCAAACCGAGUGAGCCAGAGUGCCAGAUCCUGGACUACGUGACGCAGCAGCACAAGCUGCUGAUCUGCAUCGCGACGAGCCUGGCCUUCAGCACGUGCGCGCGCUGGCUGUGGGACGUCUACACCGGCGUCAUGGGGCAGAUGGAGAGCGGCAACAUGGACCAUCUGCCUGAGUUGCACGCGCUAGCCUGCUCCCUCAAGGUGGUGUCAACGAUGGACGUGUCUGGCCUGGUGGAGCGCUGCCGGCUGGCGUGCGGCGGCCACGGGUUCAUGCACUCGUCCAACCUGCCCUACACGUACGGGCUGGCCACCGCCGCCUGCACCUACGAGGGGGAGAAUACGGUGUUGCUGCUGCAGACUGCUAGGUCCUUAGUAAAAGCCUGGCAAAAGGGUUCUAAAGGAAAGCCACUCAGCCCUACUGAGGCCUACUUGAUGGACAAAAGCCCAGUUCCGAAAUGGGAGAACACUCUUGACGGCAUUAUAGCUGGAUUCAGAAGAGUAUCCGCUGGAAAAGUUCAAGACUGCGUGUCCAAGAUUGAUAAACUUGUCAAAAUGGGCACAUCCUACGAAGAUGCUUGGAACCAAACUUCUGUUAGACUCGUGGCUGCUUCUGAGGCCCACAGCCGCGCGGUGAUCCUGGCCACCUUCAGGGCGGAGGUGUCGCGCGCCGCCGCCGCGUUGUCACCGCCGCUGGCCCGUGUGCUGCACCAGCUGGUCCACCUCUACUGCGUGUACUGGGCGCUGGAGCGGCUGGGAGACUUACUGCUGUACACCUCGAUAGCAGAGCGUGACGUGCAGGAGUUGCAGCAGCAGUACGAGGAUCUGCUGCAGAAGAUCCGACCCAACGCCGUGGGGCUCGUCGACGCCUUCGACUUACGGGACGAGAUAUUGAACUCCACGCUGGGCGCGUACGACGGGCGCGUGUACGAGCGGCUGAUGGAGGAGGCGCUGAAGAGCCCCCUCAACGCGGAGCCCGUCAACCAGAGCUUCCACCACCACCUCAAGCCAUUCAUGCAGGGGAAACUGUGAUCAUCAUAUUAUACCUAUUAUACCUACUCAAUUUAUGUAAUAAUUUUAUUUAAAUUUGAUGUGAUUAAUGACUAUACAGGUGAUGGAUGCAAGAAUAAAAGGAAAAU